AUGGCCCCAUCUCUUGUCCGCCCCCAGGGCCACCUGUCCCCAGCCGAGGCCCUCGAGCUGGCCCAGAAAGCGCCGACGAUUCUGCGAAACAACCCGAAGGCGUUUUCCUCGUCGCCGCUGCUAUCACUGUUUUCAGCAUCUGAGACACCCGAGCUCUGGACAAUCUAUGAGAACCUUCUCCUGGCCUGCCUCCGGACGGGCGACAGCCAAGCAGCGCAUCAAUGUCUCGAGAGGCUGAUUAUCCGAUUCGGAGACGAAAACGAGCGCAUCAUGGCUUUCAAGGGGUUGGUGAAAGAGGCAGAAGCCGACAACGAUGGAGAGCUGGCGCAGGUGCUCAUGGAAUACGAGACUAUCCUCGGAGCAAAUGCGACAAAUAUUCCCGUCGCGAAACGUCGCAUUGCCCUUCUUAAGUCAACCGGAAAGACGUCCGAAGCGAUCACGGCCCUCAACUCCCUCGUUGACUUCAACCCCACAGAUGCAGAGUCAUGGGCGGAGCUUGCCGACUUGUACCUUUCGCAGGGUCUCUACUCUCAGUCCAUCUUUGCACUCGAGGAGGUUCUUGUACUGACACCAAACGCGUGGAAUAUGCAUGCGCGCUUGGGCGAAGUACUGUACAUGGCAGCUUCAGCUUCUGAAGGAUCUUCACAACAGCAGCUGGCCGAGUCGAUAAAAAGGUUCAGCCGAAGCAUUGAGCUUUGCGACGACUACCUUAGGGGGUACUACGGACUGAAACUGGUGAGGCGUGUGCUCGAUAUCAAGGUCACCAACAGAUUGAUCAAGGAGCCUUUAAAGCCAUCGAGGCAAACGGACUCGGAGGAGUGGAGCCUUCCCGACGUCACCACGUUGCAGAAACUCAAUGAGCUGGCGACAGAAAAGCUGGCGGAGAUUGUACGCCGUAACGGAGCGCAGGAGAGGCUCUGGCAGGGCUACGACGAAUCGGAGGUGGCAGCGGCACGGGAUUUGCUGUCAAAGGAAUCGGUCGAGCUUGUGAGAUGA